AGCUUCUGCCUCUCAUUUCAGAACAAAUGCUUGCCCGGCGCCCACACCUUCAACGUAAGCCUCUCCAGGCACCUCAUCUCACUGCGUACCUGGUUCCCCUGCUCACCGGUCCUGCCAGCCAUUUCAACCAGAGAUCUGCCUCAGAGCACCUGUGCUCGGAGCCUAUGCCAGACACAUCUGUGAGACACCCUUCGCCGCUGCAGCACACGGAGGGGUGCUGAGUUCCUCACUUCUACGACAAGCGUCAGCGGGUGGGUGUAUUUCUACUUUACCUUACACUCUCACACAGUCAUGCCUGUCAGGCAUGGAGCGGGCGGAUAAUCCACUCAAUUCGGGUGAUCAAGUCAGAUCCUUUAUCAAGAUGCAUAGAGCGCCCAGUGCCUGUAUUACGAUCUUGGAUCUUUGGGGGGAUGGGCUAGAGUCUGGGACAGAACACAGCACAGAAACUGAAGUGUUUAUUGUCUGACCAUCAGCUAAGAUUCUGGGAGCUAGGAAUGGGACUGUCUUGGAUGAACAGAAGUAAAAAUGCCCCUUCUUUAUGACUUUUGACGUCCCUCAGCCACUCUGGAAUGGAUGAACAAACACUGAUACGGGUAAUACAUAGUCUUGUUGCUGCUUGUUGAUGCUGGGAGGAAACCUAGGACCUAGCACGUGCUAGGCAAGUACUCUACCACUGGGCUACCUCACCAGCUUGGAUGAAAUAUCCGUGAGGUACUGGUGCCCAGUGUGUAGAGAAGAAAAGCGUGGGUGUGUCAGUUCCACCAAGUCCGCCAACAAGAAGAAUGUACCAGCAGAAUGUUGGAGCCAGCUGAGCAAAGGGUUCUAAGGGGACAGCACCCUCACCCAGGAGACCCUUCAGCGCUGAGGACCCAUGUGCCGAGCCUCAGUCUGUGAUGUGGUGUUUUUAUUCUCUCUUUUCCCAUAGGAUCAUGGUGUAUCAGCUUGACCUUCUCAUAGGCGUGGUCUUCAUGGCCAGCCCCGUGUUAGAAAUGUCUCCCUGCUUCUCCGAUGGCCGGAUAGCCUUAUUCCGAGGUUGUAACCUUACGCAGAUUCCCUGGGUCCUCAACACAACUGAGAGGCUCCUACUCAGCUUCAAUUACAUCAGUACGGUUGUCACCACAUCGUUUCCACUCCUGGAGCAGCUCCUGCUACUGGAGCUGGGGACCCAGUAUGCUCGCUUGACAAUUGGCCAGGAGGCCUUCCGAAACCUGCCCAACCUCAGGAUCUUGGACCUGGGCCAGAGCCAGAUUGAAGUCUUGAAUCCAGACGCUUUUCAGGGACUGCCCCAUCUCUUCGAACUUCGGCUGUUUGACUGUGGACUCUCCGAUGCUGUAUUAAGGGACGCUUACUUCAGAAAUCUAAAUUCACUAGCUCGCUUAGACCUCUCUGCCAACGAGAUUCACAGCCUUCACCUCCACUCUUCAUUUCAGGAACUGAGUUCCUUAAGCGAUAUAAAUUUUUCUUUCAACCGAUUAUUCACUUUAUGUGAAGAUGAACUCCAGCCUCUCCAGGGCAGAACACUUUCUUUCUUUGGCCUCAAAUCGACCAGCCUGUUUAGCAGAGUCUUCGUGGACUGGAACGCAUGCAGGAACCCCUUCAGAGGCAUAAGGCUAGAGACUCUAGACCUUUCUGAAAAUGGCUGGACAGCGGCCAUCUUAGGGAACUUCAGCCACACCAUCCAGGGAAGCCACAUUUCCUCUUUGAUUCUUACAUACCACAUCAUGGGUUCUGGCUUUGGCUUCCAGAACAUCAAAGAUCCCGACCAGAGCACAUUUGCCAGCCUGGCCAGGAGUUCGGUGCUACAACUGGACCUUUCACACGGCUAUAUCUUCUCCUUGAACCCCCGACUGUUUGAGACGCUGAAGGAUUUGAAGAAGCUGAACCUUGCCUUCAACAAGAUAAACAAGAUCAGCGAUUACGCGUUUCAUGGACUCGACAGCCUACAGAUUCUCAAUCUAUCCUAUAAUCUUUUGGGAGAACUCUACAAUUCCAAUUUCUAUGGGCUUCCUAGUGUAGCCUACCUUGACCUUCAAAGGAACCACAUUGGGAUCAUUCAGGACCGAACAUUCAGAUUAUUAAAAAAGCUACAAACCUUAGAUCUCCGUGACAAUGCUCUUAAAACCAUUGGUUUUAUUCCAAGUGUACAGAUGGUCCUCCUGGGUAGCAAUAAGCUGACCCAUUUGCCACACGUCCGCUUUACCGCCAACUUCAUAGAGUUAUCUGAAAAUGGGCUAGAAAAUCUGUCUGACCUCUACUUCCUCCUGCGAAUCCCCGGUCUCCAGUUUCUCAUCCUAAAUCAGAACCGCCUUUCAUCCUGCAGCAAGGUGGACUACGCCCCUUCCCAGAACCUGAGCUUAGAACAGCUUUUCCUUGCAGAGAACAUGCUACAGCUGGCCUGGGAGACCGGCCUCUGUUGGGAUAUUUUUAAAGGCCUUUCCCGCCUCCAAAUCCUUUACCUGAAUAAUAACUACCUUAAUUUCCUCCCGCCCGGAAUAUUUAACGGCCUGGUUGCAUUACGGAUGCUCAGUCUCAGUGCUAACAGGCUAACCAUGCUCUCUCCGGGCAGUUUACCUGCUAAUUUAGAGAUUCUCGACAUAUCUAGAAAUCAGCUUUUCUCUCCCGACCCUGGUUUGUUUUCUUCGCUCCGUGCCUUGGACAUAACUCACAAUGAGUUCAUCUGUGACUGUGAACUUAGCACUUUUAUCGUCUGGCUCAACCAAACCAAUGUCACCCUGUUCGGUUCUCCUGCAGACGUAUAUUGCAUGUACCCCAAUUCACUGCUAGGGGGCUCCCUCUACAACAUAUCCACCAAAGACUGCGAUGAAGAGGAAGCCGUGCGCUCCCUAAACUUUUCCCUUUUCAUCCUGUGCACAGUCACUUUGACUCUGUUCCUCGUCAUCACCCUCAUAGUCACAAAAUUCCGGAGGAUUUGUUUCCUGUGUUUUAAGACCAUCCAGAAACUGAUGUUUAAGGGCAAGUUCUGGAAUCCGGAACCUGGCGCAUACAGAUACGACGCCUACUUCUGCUUCAGUAGCAAAGACUUUGAAUGGGCACAGAAUGCGCUGCUCAAACACCUGGAUGCUCAGUACAGUUCCCAAAACAGGCUCAGGCUGUGCUUUGAAGAAAGAGAUUUCAUUCCGGGGGAAAACCAUAUCUCCAACAUCCAGGCAGCCGUCUGGGGCAGCAGAAAGACGGUAUGUCUAGUAAGCAGACACUUCCUUAAGGAUGGCUGGUGCCUGGAAGCCUUCAGGUAUGCCCAGAGCCGGUGUCUGUCUGACCUCAAGCGUGUUCUCAUCGUGGUAGUGGUGGGUUCGCUGCCCCAGUAUCAGCUGAUGAGACAUGAGACCAUCAGAGGGUUUCUGCAAAAGCAGCAGUAUUUGAGGUGGCCCGAGGACCUCCAGGAUGUUGACUGGUUUCUCGAUAAACUCUCUGGAUGCAUACUGAAGGAAGAGAAAGGAAAGAAGAGAAGCAGUCCCAUUCAGUUGCGAACCAUAAGGACAGUUUCCUAGUGAUCGGAAGGAGCAUUUUGCAAGCACCGCAAAUAGCUCUCUGACUGGACGUGCGUAGCCAUUGGGGGUCCUUCCCAGGGGUCGCUUUCUGUCUAUGAAAACAACAUCGAUUUCUUGA